UGUGAUGUGUCUGGUUUUAGGGCAAUGGAGGUGUUUAUAGUGCCAUUGACGGACAACAUCCAAGAUACCAAUGUAAUUUACUUGAGUAAAACCAACUGCUUUGGUGCAGGCAUUCUAGCAGGAAUAAUGAUGAUAUUAACAGGAAGCACAGCAAUAAGAGCGUCCAUCAGCAAACGAGCUUCAACAGUAUACCGCUUCUACAACCUGACCAUGCUGACACUAGCUCUCUACGUGGCAUUGACCAUCUUCCUCAUAACAGCCUACGGGCUGGGCUGGACAGUCAAGUCCAACUACCCACCAAAUACUCACAUCCAUGAAGUCCACAUCUUCAUGACAAUUAGCACAGUGCUGGGUCUGUUGUUUGUCACGUCAGCAUUUGUCAAGUACUAUGACCUUGUGUUUUGUGGCGAGAUGCAGCUCGGCAAGAAGUGGCUGGAGUGUCUAUGUUGCUGCUUCAACAGGCGGUUACUACCAACACAGUAUCAACAUUGAUAUAAAGUUUUUUACAAGGGUGGUCGCAAACACAUUCCAGAAUGGCUGCAAGAGGAAGCCAGCCUGCAGGCCUACCCAUAUAGAUCCCCAGCACUCGGUCCUCCCGCUUUUGCUGUCUACGUGUCCACUGAUGUGUUCUGUGCUCAAAGAUACCAUUCAGAACACAGAUACACAAUGAAGAGAGAGCAGAGUUAUCUGCCCUUACUAAUAGCUAUUACAUGUGAUAUGUUUGUUUCACGUUUGAGUCUUCCCUGGAUGAAAUAUUCUUAUGGGACUUGAAAAACUGUCUGGUAUUAUGUAUGUUCAUCAUUACGAAAAUAGAUUCAUACCUUUAGUUUCUAUCAAUCUCAUUAAAAUGGGAUGUCCUCAGAUCUUUGUUUAGCAGUAGCGAGAACUAAGAUCUGAUUUUGAUGAGAUUGAGUUUCUUUUGAAUUGGACACUGUACACUAAAAAGAGACUGGGGGGAAACAUUGUCAAGUGGGAUUCAAAUUAUAUUUUUUUUAGUUUUGUCAAACUUGUGUUUUAGUUCCAAGUUUGAAAAAUGCACUUUCAGCAAUGACAUUUAAUUGAAAUUGAAACAUUUGAAAAGAGAUGUUUAAUGUAUGCUGUUUAUCUAUAUCCAAUCUUAUUUAAGUUAUAGAAAUCAGUAAGUAUUGUUAUUUUUUAUAUCAUGUUGUUUUAUCCGUCAAUCACACAAACAGUACAGAUUGAUACCUGUGACUGCCUUAUAUAGAUACAAAACUAAACUAAAUUUCCUGUCACUUUUCCUUCUGCUAUGUGAUACAGGUCAGUGCUCAUAUUUUAGGUGGUUUCUGGGUCCUUAAUGUUUGCUGCUAUAGCAUGUGAAUGUGGGACACCUUAAAUAAUGGUUAACUUUAGGUUCUGACAAUACCGCUUUAGUUUUACGCUGAAUUUAGAACACUGCAUGUCCACACACAAGGAAAUCUCCACCGCCAUAGAAUGCAAAAUGUUUAUAUGUUCUUGUACUGGGUAUAAAUGAAUUUUGAUAACUUAAAAAAAAAUUUGUUGGACUGUUUUAUAUUUGUAAAUUAUUUCUUUUAGAAAUGUUGAGAAAUGUAAUUAUGCAUCUUCCAGUGGCAAAAGUGUUUACUUAAUACCAGUAACCUUUGCCACGGGAAGAUGGUAAUUAUGUAUCUAACUUUAGUUCAUCACACUUUGUGAUAUACUGUGGCAUUUGAUCAUUUGUAAUCUUUAUUUAUGUUUAACAACAUCUGUCUAAUGUUCUUAUUAAUUGUUUGCAUCACAUAUAUACAUGCAAUUAUUUAGUUGUAGUUUGUUUACACUUAUGUUUUUGUUUGUAUCCUGCACAUGCAGCAUUUGUAUGUGUGAUGUGACUGUCAUGGUUCAUGAAAAUCAGGACUCUCAUGGGCAUUUCAUGCUUGGAAGAGAAGUAUUGGGAAGACAGCGUGAUUACAACCUGUGAUCUCACUGACUGUGUGUCAUCAUACUUUGAUAGUGUCAAUCCGUUUUCAUGCUGUUCUCCCCUGGUAUCCCUGGCCCUAAUGACUGAACCCAACUAUGUGUAUGGUGGUUUUCAUAGGGAUGUAUCUAGGGUUCCAAAUAAUUGCCCUUUAACAGGCAAAUUGG